UCCCCGCCCCCGUGCAACGUCGUCGGAUGUCAUUCAUUGGCGCGCUGCGUCUGUCAAUCGAAGGUGGGCGCGGCCAUGUGCCAAACGCCACUUCCAGUAAAAGUGCUCACAUGCGGCUCGGCCGGCGCUCACAGUCAACAGGCUGGACGGACGGAAAGAAGGAAGGAAGGAACGAACGCACGAAGGAACGAACGAACCGCGACGCGCCGCGCCAGGACGCCGCGCUCUUCAACGCACGUCUUUUCUUUUUGGACGCUCUUUUGGACACUUUUUGCACGCAUUGAUUUUGGCAAGCGCUUUGGGAUGUAACUUCCAAAGUUGAGUGACUUUCUGCGGAGCUCCCGCGUUUCCCGGACAUUUGUUUACUUCGUUUCUUUUUUCUUCUUUUUCUUGUUGUUGUUGUUGUUGCCACCACCAUCGAGAGGGGAGCAGAGUAACACCUCUUCCCAUCACCCUCUCGACCACCAUGGCGGAAGCGGCGCAGCAGCAGCCACACCUGGUGGACAUCGACCCCGACUUCGAGCCCCUGGCCAGACCCCGCUCGUGCACUUGGCCUUUGCCCCGGCCGGAGUUUGUCAAUCCGGGCGACUCCAACACCUCGUCGCCGGUGCCGUCCAUCAAGCAGGAGCCCGCCGGCAAUGAGUACAUCAGCAACCUUAGCCUACUGGAGGAGAACGAGGACCUGUGCGGCGACUUCCAGUGUCAGGAGACGUGCGUCCACCAGCAUCCCGCACCCCGGCCGCAGCAACAUCAGCAUCAGCAGCAGCAGCAGCAGCAGCAGCAGCAUCGCCCCAAUCCCGCACUCCAGCAGCAGCAGCAGCAGCAGGUGCCCCUGCUCUCCUCCCCGGUGGCCAACUCGUCAUCCUCGGCCGCCGCCGCCCAGAGGAAGAGCAGCUCGUCCCGGCGGAACGCCUGGGGGAAUAUGUCGUAUGCGGACCUCAUCACCAAAGCCAUCGAGAGCUCCCCGGAGAGCAGGCUCACCUUGUCUCAGAUCUACGACUGGAUGGUGAAGAAUGUGCCUUAUUUCAAGGACAAGGGGGACAGCAACAGCUCUGCAGGAUGGAAGAACUCCAUCAGGCACAACCUGUCGCUGCACAGCCGCUUCGUCCGCGUCCAGAAUGAGGGCACGGGCAAGAGCUCGUGGUGGAUGCUGAACCCCGAGGGCGGGAAGAGCGGCAAAUCGCCACGACGACGGGCCGCCUCCAUGGACAACAACAGCAAAUUCACCAAAAGCCGAGGACGCGCCACCAAGAAAAAGCUGUCUCUUCAGGGCGGGCCGGACGUCGGCGGCGGCGGCGGCGCCGACAGCCCGGGCUCCUACAGCAAGUGGCCCGGCAGCCCCAACUCGCACAGCAACGACGACUUUGACGCCUGGAGCAGCUUCCGGCCUCGCACCAGCUCCAACGCCAGCACGGUCAGCGGGCGCCUCUCGCCCUUCAUGCCCGAGGACGACCUGGGCGAGGCGGAGGCGGCGCACAUGGGCUACCCGGGCGCCCCGGGGGGGCCCAAGAUGACCGCCACGCUGCCCAGCCUCAGCGAGAUGACGGGCUCUUUGGGACACGGCUCGGAGAACGUCAUGGAGAACCUCUUGGACAAUCUCAACUUGCUCUCGCCCAACAACUCUCAGGUGGGCGGAGGGGCGGGCACCCCCGGGUCCUCUCAGUCCUCGCCCAUGAUGCAGCCCAGCCCGGGCUACCCUCCUUACAGCUCGCCCAGCAUGCCGUCGCAGCCUCAGCAGGAGUACCGCAAGUGCGCGUACGCUCCGGCGCCCAUCAACGCUAUGUCGCCCAUGCAGAGCCUGGCCGACGGCAAGCCCGCCUUCGGGCCCGCCUACGGCCACGGCUCGGUACAGCUGCCCGGGCUCCUCAAGGAGCUGCUCACGUCAGACGCAGACCAGCACGGAGACCUCUUGCCGUCAGUGGACGCGGCGGUGUCUCAGUCGAGCGGCUGCAUGCUGCCGCCGUACAGCGGCCAGCACGUGGCCAAACUGAUGGCGAGGGCUCACCCUCACGGCCUGCCCCACGCCCACCCGCACGCCAUGAACGGCCGCCUGCUCAUGUCCCUCAACCACGGCGGCGGCGGCUCGGCCCCUCUGCCUUCAGCCAAGAACCAGAUGCAGAUGGCGUACGGCCUCCCGGGCCACCUGGGCGGCGGCGGCGGCAUGGCGCCCGGCGGCUUCUGCCCCCUGAACACCAACGGAUACGGACGGCUGGGCCUGGCGCCGCCCCCUCACCCGGAGAAGCUGCCCAGCGACCUGGACGACAUGUCCAUCGAGAAGUUUGAAUUUGACAUGGAGACCGUCCUCCAUGAAACUCUGAUGGACGGCGACUCGCUGGACUUCAACUUUGAGCCCAUGGCGACCCAGCAAGGCUUCCCCCACGGGGUCAAGACCACCACUCACAGCUGGGUGUCUGGCUAGGAAGGAAAGAAAAAAGUACAAUCAAUCUGACUGACUUUUGCUGGAAAAUGUCUUGACCUUUAACAUUCCUGUUGAAUGGAUGACUUGAAGUGGCAGGAUGAUUGAUUGAGUGCCAAAUUUGCCUUAACUAAGGAGCGUUUCUCGACACACAGCGUCUGUUGAAUUUUCUGCAAAGGUUGAAUCAAAGGCAACUGGACUUGGCGGUAGACUUCCCUUCUCGGUUCAACUUUCUCGGCC